AAAAAAAAAUGUAAAAAAGGAAAGAGAAAAAGCUUUACAGAGCAAAGAAGGAGGACUCUUUGAAUGCGCCAUUUUGCGACUAGCAUGAUUUUUUCUGCGCCAGUUUUCUAUUAAGUGUCCGUACACCUUAAUUGUGACCCUUGCAUUGCUUAAUUCUGUUAAAAACUGGAUUGGCCAGUAAUAACACUUGACUGUACACUUCAUAGAACCAAUUGAAUGCAGUGCAAUAACACAUUAAUGUAUAAGAAAUAUAAAUUUAUCAAACAAAUGUAUAGGAGAAGUGCUGGGAAACCUAUUACAAUUCCUAGAUAUAUAUUAAAAGGGUGUAAAUAUCAGUUUCGUUUAUUUUAUUGAUCUUUGGUUGAGUCAUUUGAUUUGAAAACAUGAUCACGUCAUAUACAUAUAACAUACAAAAAUGAUCUAUUAUUUUUAAGGUUCUCUCUUUUUGAUAUAAAUCUAUUGCCCUUUAUCCCUUUCCCACAUCGAUAUGUUUAUCACCGUAUCUAUCGAUUACCAAACAGAAACGUAUUGACCCGUGUCUAUCGGUUCCCCGAUAGAAACAUAUUAUACCGAUUAACGGCCAUUUGAACAGAAUCGUUUUAUCCCGUGUCUCAUAAUCAAUCGCUUUAUUUUCAUUCUUUUCCUAAAGAAACAAAUUCCGGAUGUUUACUAACUCAAAAUAUGGGAUUUCGUCAUCAUUAUUUACGUACAAGAUCAUGUGGUUACUAUUGAAAUUUAUCGAGUACUUUGCAAAGAAAGACACCGGGGUUUUUUCCUACAUGUGCACGAUGCUACGUCAUGGAAAAUUACUGAGAAAACUGCUUGCAACUGGCGGUUCGCGGGCUUUCCUCGUUCUAAAAAUAACAAUCAUUUAACAUCAAAGUAUUUUUAAAUGUGUUAGGUCAUUCGCCUUAUUCCAGUUACCCAUAAUCCUUUGCGGCAUGAUGACUUCCGGUUUAGAUUUGACAGCUGAUCAGCUGAUUACAAAAUAUUACGAGAAACUACUUAUAAUAUGAUCUAGUAUAUCGCCAGAUAUACUGUACUCUGAAUGGGAAGCUCGAAUUUAUAUCAAGCUAAAUUCCAUUUCGAUGUGUAGAUAUGAUGUAUUUCAAUUCUUGUUGAAGUAAAACUACUAGACAUGUCAAAAUCAGCACUGAACAUUAAUAGAGACUUAACAGACAUCAGAGAUUACAACAGUGUUGCUGGCUUGAAAGCUGAUAGACUGAAAAAGCUAUGUCAGUACUACAACAUAGAUGUGAAAUUACCAAAGAAGGCCCGUAUUGUAUUGUUGUGUCAUUGUCUAGGAAUUUCAACGACAGGUCAUGUACAGCAGGUUACAAAUAGGAGUGAUGCUACCAAAUAUCUAACUGACAGUCAGAGACAGGAAUUAGCAGGUAUUACCCCAGCUUACAUGUGCCGGCUUAAUGAAUGGAAAAAAGACUUAUCAUCUGUACCAGAUAUUGAGGAAUCUGCUGUGAAAAAGUAUCUAAUUAAUACUGAAGUUCUGAGUGCCAGUGAUGCUAGAACAUAUAAGAUAUCAAGGCCAUUUGCAUUACAGCAGUUUGUGCAUUCAGUGUUGUUUAAUGAUAAUAACAGUUCGGAAACAUUCUUAUUAAUAAGAGCACAGUGCAACCCGUCACAAUCAACAAAUCCGGACGAGGUGAAAGUUGUGUUUGUUAUUAUAGACAGGUAUCUAGGAGAACCUUACGGUGGUUUCUGUACAUGUACUGUAGGGAACAGUGAAAGAUGCGGACACGUGGGUGCAGUGUUGUUCAAACUUGCUGAAUUGCAAGCAACAGGAGUGUCAGAGGGCCCUUCAUGCACAGAUGUUUUGUGUAAAUGGGCUGAUCCCAAAGGAUGUAAAGCCGAACCAACGGUCUUUCAAGAUUUAAAUAUUAGAAAAUCUGAUCCUCCUAUGAGAAGAACAGUUGAUGACUAUGGUCAGAAAGUGAUAAAUACAGCUCCUCCCUCGUAUGAUGAUGUCGUUGAAUUAAGAGCUAAUCUAAUUGCAGCAACACACCAUAUUGGUCAGUACUGUCCUGCAAUCCACAUUCUUAAUUGUGAUAGAUUUAAACCUGAAAAUACUGUGAUACCGCCUCCAAAUAUUAACGAACAAUUGCCGAAUACACUAAGAUAUGACGGUGCAGCUAUCGCUCCAGCAAAAGAAGUGGAAAUAAAAACUACCCCUGUAGUAAUGACACAACUAGUGCCAAAAAAGUUUGAUAGUAUAACAGACGAAGGCUACAGCAAAGCCAGUGAAGAGGUGUAUACAAAAGCAACCAAUAUGGGUAUUGACAUUGAUCAAGUCAAUAACCUAACCAAGGGUCAGGCAGAAAACCCAGAGUGACAUGAACAAAGGUUAGGGACAAUUACAGGGACAAAAUUUUCAAGUGUAAUAAAAGUGAUUGAAAAGAAAAGAAACUGUGACUCUAUGGUGAAAGACAUGUGUGAAAAAAGCUCUGAUAAACUUAAGAAUGUACCAGCAGUCAAAUGGGGCAGAAAACAUGAAAACAAAGCAAGGCAGGCAUACAUAAACAAGGUUGCUCAGUCUCACAAAGACUUUAAGUUACAGGAACAGGGAUUAAUGGUGUAUAAGGACUGCCAUUUUAUAAGAGGAAGUCCUGAUGGAAUUGUUACUUGCAGUUGUCAUGGAAGCAUUCUUGUUGAAAUUAAGUGCCCUUUUGGUGCAAGAAUGAUGACUGUUACAGAAGGUGUUGCACAAGGAAAAAUCAAGUUCCUUGAGAAAGUGAACGGUCAAUUUCAGUUAAAAGAAAAUUCUUCUGAUGGCUACUUUGCGCAAGUCCAAGGAUUGAUGGGGAUUGGUAACAUCAAACGCUGCAAUUUUGUUGUUUGGACAACACGUGACAUGAUGGUUCUAAAUGUUAAUUACAAUGAAGACUUUUUUA